UUUCGAAUCCCCGCUUUUCUUCUCGGCCGCUUACCCCCCAGGUUCUCCUCCAUGUCUCCAUGUACAACGAACAAGCUCUAAACCCUAAAAUCCCGACGCCCUCGAGAGCUCAAAAUGCGACUCUUCAUUUUCUAUAACACCAAUAUCUUCAAGCGCGAGACCCUGACACAUGAAAGUCCUCGAUUAUUUCUGAAGAUGUUUAGCUUCACCCGAGAAAUGUCGCAGUCCACUGCCAUUCCCAAAAAGCUUCUACGAGUUCGAGAUCAUGGCUAUGAUAACUACAUGGAGAUCGAGAAGAAAAUGAGGAAAGUUCUUAAAUUUCAGGACCUCAUUCUUUCGCAACUCAACCAAACACUUCCAAUCUCUCGCCUCGACAUCCUUGCUCGCAGAAUCGGCUUCAAACAGCACGAAGCCGGUGCUUUCAUACUCAAAUUCCCCCAUGUUUUCGAGAUAUACGAACACCCGGUUCAGCGAAUUCUCUACUGCCGAUUGACCCGGAAGGCCGUUCUCCAAAUCGAUCAAGAAAAGCAAGCUCUCAUCGCGCAAAUCCCAGCCGCUGUUACGCGCCUCCGGCAGCUUCUGAUGAUGUCUAACAGCGGAAGGCUUCGUCUUGAGCAUGUUCGCAUUGCUCGGUCGGCGUUUGGUUUGCCGGACGACUUCGAGUACUCGGUGGUUCUUAGGUACCCGCAGUAUUUUCGAUUGUUUGAUGCCAAAGCGACUAGGAAUAAGUACAUUGAACUUGUGGAGAGGGACGAGAAGUUAACUGUGUGCGCCAUAGAGAAAGCUAGGGAGAAGGAGUACAGGGAGAAAGGAAUUGAAGCCGAAAAUAUUAGGUUUUCUUUCAUUAUAAAUUUCCCUCCGGGCUUUAAGAUUGGGAAGUAUUUUAGAAUUGCAAUGUGGAAAUGGCAACGUCUUCCGUACUGGUCACCCUAUGAAGAUGUUUCAGGGUAUGAUUUGAGAUCGAUUGAGGCUCAGAAGCGAAUGGAGAAGAGAGCAGUUGCUACAAUCCAUGAAUUGUUGUCCUUGACAGUGGAGAAGAAAAUUACUUUGGAGAGGAUUGCUCAUUUUCGUAUGGCCAUGAAUUUGCCCAAAAAGUUGAAAGACUUCCUUCUUCAGCACCAGGGGAUAUUUUAUGUCUCAACUAGAGGAAAUCAAGGGAAGUUGCACACGGUUUUCCUUAGGGAGGCAUAUAGAAAGGGAGAUUUGAUGGAGCCCAAUGAUUUGUAUUUAGCAAGAAGGAAGCUUGCUGAGUUGAUUUUGGUGAGUCCCAGGAAAGCAAAAGUUGAUAGAGAAUUGGUUGGCUAUAAGAGAAGCAAAGAAGAGGAUGAAAUGGGGCCAAUAAGAAGAGCAUGUACUGAGAAUGUUUUUGAGGACUUCAAGGGUGGGGAUAGGCGAGGGCAGGAUGGGGAUGCGGAGGCUGAUUUGUCAUCAGACGUAGGUUCUGAUGUUGAUUCUGAAAUUGGAGAUGAGGAUGAAGAUUUUGAUGAUAAUGUAUCAAUGGAAAGGACAUCUUAACUUAGUAGCCAGAAUAUCAUGUCAGGUUGAGAAGGUUGGAUUGAACUUGGAAGUCCCUUGAUAACUUCAAAAGAAAAUAUUUAAAGCAGUGGACGCCAGGUAAGAUUAUUUAUCUCAUCUCAUCUGAAGUGAUCAUUCUGAUAUGUGACUUGUUUGGCUGGAAUGCUGUGAGGCAUGUGGCCAUUAUCGUGAAUAUCUUUUCUUCCAUGAUGGCUGACAGACCAUACUGUGGGGAUUUUGAUUUGCGAGAAAAUUAUAUUAAGGCGGCAUCUCAGCGAAACGCAGAUCCUGAAGGGUAAUUGUAUAUGCCGUUGUUAAACCAAUAAGACUAGAAGUAUAGAAUUGAUAUGUUAACAGGUUUAUCUAUACAUAGAGAAAAAAUUGAGUGGAAGGAAAGCACCAAGCAAAGAAAGAAAUUACUCCUCAAGCCUGAGGCUUCAAAUUGUUGGAAGGUAUAGUUCUUAACCUGGAUGUUCAUCCAAUCAUGAAUGGAAACUCAAUUUAACUUGAGUUUGGUCAGUAUCCAGCUUUGGAAAUCAUGAAAUCAUUUACUUGUUGACCAAAAAAGAACAGCAGUUUAUAAAUCUACGCACAGAUGAUUCAACAUUGGCUCAUCUGUCUUAUGCUGGUGUAAUAACUGUCACUGCUCCUCAACAACAAGCAUGAUCUCACUGAGGUUGGUUUGAUGAAUUUCAUGGUGUCACUGUGCUUUCCAUGUUUCUUCAUAAUUGGUCUCAAGCCUAGAUAGGGAAAGAAAAAGUGUCGUAAUAGGCCUUCGACUAAAAAACUUAAAAAGUUAAGCUCUAUGGAAUUUUCAUGGCAUGGAUUGACCUCCAAUUAGAUGGAGCUAAAUUUUGGAAUUUCUUAUGUAUACCACUUUUCUUCAAGGUUCAAGUUGCCAUAGCUAGCAAGGCGCCUUUGAUCAUUACUUCAGGCUCCUUCACUGGUUCUUUUCCUUGUCUUUUAUGUAUCUAUUAAAUCCUAUAUAAAUCAUCCUAUUCUGUGAAUCAUGUGGUUUCUCUCUAUAAUUCUCAACCUAGUGAAAGUGCUGCUCAUCUCUUUAUUUUAUCUAUUAUUAUGCGCCUAACGGCUCAGUCAAUUCCCAAGUCAUCCGAUAACUCUCCCGUCGGCUUCAGGCCGCCCAUUGCCUACGUUAUCUCAAAGCUUUACCUGGCAAAGGCUUGUUCUACCCCCCUCAAUUUGAUCUCAAACUUGCCUCCAGUGACUUUGACUGGGUUGUGUAUUUUCCUCAACUCAUGGCAUUCAAAGAAGCAAACCACUGUGCCACGUUUAUCAUCAGAAGCCGAAUACCGGGCUUGUCAGCUGCCAAUCCAACUUUCAUAGACGCACUAAUUAAACUGUCAUCUUGCGCAAGAAAAGCUCCAGGCAGGUGUCAUCCAUCUUCUUCCAAUCCAAACGCUGCUCAGAUUGCUGAAGUAUACGCCAAACCCUGGGUCCUAGUCCAUUUCAGUCGUCAAUGAACAAACUGGGAAUGUUAGAUAUACAUUCUCUAGCUUCCAAGGGCAUUAGAGUUAGUAAAGGACGACGGUCGAGGGAUAAGUUUUAUCAGUUAGUUAGUAAUUGUAUUCUGUUAUGUUAAUUCGCCAAGUGUACAUGUGUGUUUGAACCCAAUUUAGUAUCAACAAAAGUAAAGUUGCUCUGUUGCCAUUUA